AGCUUAAUAUAUGUUGAAUAAUCAUGAGUUAUAAUCGUGAUUUAAAUUUUGAUGUUAAUUAUCGGGAUUACAUUUUUCCAUAGUCGUGCAGCCCUAACAAUUGAUAUUAAAUGCUCGUCACACACCCAUUAAAUGCCAGAUUCGUAGCAGUAUCCUCUCUGCAAUGUUGCUGAUGAGAUUUUUGAGGGGGUUUAGGGCCUAAAAUAUAAUCCACAAAACAGCGACCAUGCAGACAGUAUUAAGCUUUUACUGGCAUCAGUCUGGCAUUUAAGCAAUUGUUCAUGUUCAUAAGGUAAAUUCCAGUCUUGCUUUGUAGGUGUUAUCCCAUGUGAUACACUUCUUGGGCCUGAGGAGAUGGAACAAAGGGAAGAAUUGGAGUGCUUCCCACUGUCUAGCUUGAAAACAUUCAGCCAAUGAACAUCACCAGAAGAACAGCACAAGUUCAUCAGAUUUUCUUGGUCGUGGGCCAGGACCAUAUAAGGAGUUUGACUAUUGCGUUGAACUUAGGGUCUCUAAGAAAUAAAGUGCCUUCAUUUGGUGCACACAUGAGGCCCUGUAUCAGCUGGAUCCCGAUACCUUGUCCCUCACUGGCUUGAUGGUUGUGUCUGUGGUGCACAUUUCACAGCCCAUUCAACCAUCACGGCAGCCACUGGGAGAUCAGCACACUCUCAUCUUCGUGCUGACGCUAUGCCCACAGAGACACUACAGCCAGAUGGCAAACCUACCUGUCAGGGGGCCACCUAUGCCUCAGCUGUGCCACUUCGUAUUCUCAACAAAGGGCCUGACUACUUUCGCAGGCAGACUGAACAGAACCCUAAACGCCUGAGUGCUGUGGAACGCCUUGAGGCAGAUAAGGCCAAGUAUGUUAAAAGUCAGGAAGUUAUAAAUGCAAAGCAAGAACCUGUCAAGCCAUCUGUCUUGGCCAAGCAGUCGGUGUGUCCCGUACCUGUCAAGAGGAGCUCUUGUGGGGGCCUAAAAUCCUCAAACAACAACGCCAAAUCAGACACUUGUGCCACCACUACUAAGCGAGAGAAUCUCAAUUUGGAGAUCCUUAAAAACAUUCUGAACAGCUCUUCAUCAUCAGAGGGCCCUCCCACCAAAGGAAUGACUGCUCAAAAACCUUGCAGUCGAAGUUGGGUUGCACAUCGAGACUUGACUGAGUCUUCAGAGUUUGGUCAACGAUCAUUUACUGAGUCAUUGAAAGUCACAGGAGCAUCACUAGAUCCCCUAACUGGCAGGCGUAGUCCUCAGCAAGGAGGUAAUCUAAAUCUGAGUCGCCGUUUGCUGGAAGAACAAGCAGAGGGGCAACGGUGUUCUGUUCUCCAUGCCUCUCAGUCGUCCUCUGACAUACGUCGCCUAUGCAAUGGAAAGCCACUGAACAUAGCCUGUAGCAGUAGUAGUUCUGCCCCACCGUUACCUCCUAAACCCAGUCCGCAGGUCCUUGGUGGUUGUGACAAUGUGCUCAGCUCCCCAGCUAGGGAAUCUCUGGCCCACCUCACAGCUACUACAACAGAAGUAGGGCUGGAGCUUGGCAGCUCUGUUGCUCGGCGCCCCUCUCUUCAUCGCUCCAAGUCUGAUCUGAGUGACCGUUAUGCCCGGGCUGGUGCUGAUAUGGAGCGAUUCUUCAAUUAUUGUGGGCUGGACCCUGAAGAGCUGGAGAGUGUAGGAGUGGAGAGCUUUGCUCGUGCAAAUUCUGAUAUUGUUUCACUCAACUUCCGUAGUGCUAGUAUGAUCAGCUCUGACUGUGAUCAGUCACGGCACAGCAAUGAGGACUUAUCCGAUGACGAAGAUGGUGCCGGCGAACGUGUGCCCUAUGGUAUAUCAGCAGUAGAGCGUAAUGCCCGUGUCAUCAAAUGGCUCUACAGCAUAAAGCAAGCACGAGAAUCUCAAAAAGUCUCUCAUGUCUGAGGAGACAGCAAGGGGAGCUCAGUUUUUCUUGACUUGUUCAGCUCUCAUUUCAAGCCUUUUAUUUAGGUUUUCAGUCUUGGUCAUUGUCCUUGAACCUCCAGGUGGGGUUUAUGAACUAUUCAGAAUGAUUGGUUGCUGUCACAUUCGGUUGGCUAUGUGUGCAUUCUCCACUUGUUUCCCUUUGAUUCUGCAUGGUCCUUCAACAACGUUCAAGUUGGUGUGGCUUGGUUUGCAGAUAUUUUUAUAUAGCAAACACAAGUGAAAAUGACUUCUCUUCCCAUUACUAUUGCAACUUUUGUUUUGUUUCCUUUUGUAGUGGUCAAGGGUCACCGCUCAUCUAUAGUGAAGAUGCAGGAUAUAAUUGAAAUGUCUGAUUAAAAAAGGGGAAAAAAUGUGCAAACUUCAGGUCUUGUGCACAAAAUGGCUUUACUGAUUUCACUGCAAGAUUUCGGUCUUUAGACCUCCAUCAGACAGAGUGCACAUUAGAAACAGUGCUUGGAGUUAAUGCAGAUCUUGAUUAGUAGCACCUGUAGUCAGUGGUGAAGCACUCAGAUUCAGUAGUGCAUCAUAUGAAAAUAGUGAAGACAAUCAUGAACAUAGGACAAAAGCACAAUUCCAAGGUCAAAUUUCUCAUUUGCAAUCGGGAUGUUGAAUGGGUAAAAGUCCCCCAAAAGUUGUUGUGGCUAAGAUGACAGCGGGGAAACUUAAUUGUUUUCUCCACAGAAGUGGGGCGAAGACAGACCUACACUUUUCAGUCAAGGUAAAUCACUGGAGAACAAGCCCACCUUAAAGGAUAG